AUAGAAUAUAACUAGUUCAUGCAAAUCUGCGACGCGCGGCAUGAUUAAUAUACCUCUUCUUGGCUUGUCUAUGUCUCUCGGUGUGUUUUUUCUUCUUCAAUUACGUAAAGCGCGCGAACGCGAUCCUCGCGCGUCGUACACAUUCGUCCACUAGUUACGCGUAUACGUAUAGAUGCGCGCGGGGAGAGAAGCUGAAAUAUUUUACAUUACAUUAUGCACAUUUAUAUACGCGCGAAAUAGAAAGUGACGUGUACAAAGCUCGUACGACAAUUACGAACGAGCCGCAAUAGGACAAAUGAAAUAUAUGCUUCGCUGUCGAGCUGCACGUCGAUCGUCAUUAUAAGCCGCUCGAAGCUCGAUCGCGGGUGCUUUGCGCGCGCAAGCUCGCCAGCUAAUGCCUAUAUACCUGCAUAACGUACCGAGCCGCGACUCGAGUAUAUAGUCGAGAGAAUUACACGCCGCUCAAAUGUACGAGCCUUAGAAGUGAAAAAAAGUAAACGAGCGGCGUCAGUCACGCGGCGACUUUUCAUCGGGCCGGCGAGGCGAUCGUCGCCCGCCGCUACCACCCCCGCGCCCAAUGCCAAAUAAAAAACUCGAGCGUCAACAAUCAAACAGAAAAAGAGAGAGAGAGAGAGAGAAUCUGAUCGAAGGAUCGGCCGUGUGCGUAUGCGAUCGGAGCGCGAUCGUAAUUUUUAGCCGUUUAUCGAGAGCUCCGCUUAUCUUAUUUUCAGCUGAAAAGAGUACUAGAUAAGCUCGCGCGCUUGCCGAUCAUUAGACGGAGAGAGAGCGAAGCACAUCAUUACAAUCGGAGCGAGUCACUCGACGAGACAGGUGCCUGAUUAAAUACAUACGUCGCUCGGAUCGCCUCUUCGUCACACAUGUGCCAAGUGUGUUCUGUGCGUGUGUGCCCGAGCUGUUGACUAUUUGCUCCAGAGAGAGAGACCCUGCCUGAAUCCAGUAUAAGUGUGUGUCCGAUUCAAGCCGCGCAUCAUGAGCAACAACAAAUCCGCCUGCCUCCUGCUCUGUCUGCUGAUGCUUUUCGCUGAUCUUAGCUCGAGCGCCAGCCUACCGGCUGAUAAUAAUGCGCCCAAGAAUCAGUCGUCGGAGCUGACGGAAAAAAAUGAACCGACAGCAACAACGGUGACAGUCGCGGCAGCGGAAGCAGUAACGACCACGACGCUCAAACCAUCGCCGGAAAAUGACGCGUCGAACAAAAAUGUAACGAUCGCGGGAGGAUCGUCGACGACAACGACCCUCGCACCGAUCGACGUCGAUAAAAAUGUAACUAGCGAAGCUCCGACCAAAGCUGACGAUGCCAAAAUCGAUCCAUCAGCGGUAGCCAGGUCCGAAGACGCGAAUGAUGCAACGGCCAAGUCGACGCAGGCAACGACCCCGAAACCCGAAGGUGACACGACCCCAACGACUGCUCAGCCAUCCAGCUCUACUUCUUCGGAGAAACCUCAAGAAUCCCCGACUAAGCCAGCCGAUGCCAUUGAGCCAAGCUCUACAACCGUGGCGUCCACUACUCCCCUUGCCACUGGCAGUACUGAAAAGGACGUGAAUGGAAAAACAACGGAGUCGGUGACGGAGUCGUCAUCGGAGGUGACCACGGCUUCGGAGAAACCGACGGAGUUGCCUAAACCUCAGGCGACGACCGAAAACAUCUCCAAAGGAUCCAUGUCGUCGACCACCAUAGCACUGGUCAUGGCCAUCACCUUUACUACGGUCGUCGUCUGCGUCUACAUCGGCCUCGUGCUCUGGAGACGUUUCUUGGUGUAUCGCUACGGAAAUCGGGAGCUGUUAGUCAACGACUUGGAGUUCGAUACGAAUGAUUUGCGGCAUUUCGAGCUCUGAUACGCCCGAUAGAGAAUCGAUUUAUAUAGAGACCCUGCAUACGAGGCGAAAAAACAAAUCGACCGACAGAUCGACGAUAUACCUAUUCACUGUGAUAUAAAUGCAUAUGUAUAUUGCUAAUGCGACUCGAUUCGUUCUCUUAUUUUAUUAUUUUAUUAUGCGUUGGCAUUUUUAAAACGCGUUUCUAUGUGCUUGUGUGUGUGUAAAUGUAAAUGUAUGUUGUGCGUGUGUGUGUGAUAUGUGUGUAUGUCGACAAAUUGCAAUACUGACUUUGCACUGCGCCUCGUGCGUUUGUCACAAUUAUAAACAUACGAGGCGUGCCUUUGCCUCGCGACAUUUGUCGCAUUAUAUCCUCGUCUUUUAUUACAAUGAAUAAGUGAUAAAACAUAGCCGUUUACUUAAAGGACAUUUUCUUACCACUGGUGGGGCGCGUUGCCUUUCUUUGUUUUUCUACGAUUCCAUUUGCGUCUAUAGUGUCUAUAUGUAAAACUUAAAACUAUGUACAAAUGUUAGAAAUUGCUGUGAGCGCAUUAUCGUGAAUAUAUAUUUCAUGGCGUUAAAAAUAUCAUACCGAUCAAGCAUAAUUCAAGCUGUGUUAAUUUCGAGUAAGGUACCACUCUGUCUAUUGUAAUACAAUUAUCAUAGUAUAUGUGAACAAGUGCGUGUAAGAUUUAAACAUAUUCCAAUGCAAUCAUGUCAAUUCUAAAAAAGUGGCAUGGAUGUAUGAACACUUAUUUUAUCUUAUUUUCAUGCAUUAUCGUUGUAUUUAUUAAUUGUUGUAAGUAGUAAAAACAGAUUUUGAGAUACUUUGAA